AGUUUACAUUUGGUCGCCUUCUAGUGCGAAGUGGAAGCUAUGUGGCUAGGCGGAGUAAUAUUUUAAAUAUUUUUAUAAUUUUUGUUUAUGUAUAAAAAAUAUUAGAAUAGAAUAAACGCAAAAUUUACAUGAAGGAAAUUUUGUGCAGCGAAUGGUUUUAAAUUGAUAAAUUGGCAUUUAAAAAUUCCUAUUGUGAGUCGUCAUAUGUGUUUUGUUUUUGUUUGAAUUGCGAAUAAAUGUGAUGUGAUGCAAAUUAAUAAAGUGAAAAUUGUAAAAGCACUAUUUGCAAAAUUAAGCAUAACCAAAAAAAGUUGAUAUUAAAGUAAUAUGUUAAAAAUGCCCUAACGCUUAAACGCUUGUUUAAUUGUUUUUACAAAUAAAAAAAGUACAGAGCAAUCUCGAACAGCCUAAGCUGAAUACCAAAAUUAUAGGGCGAAUAUUUUUCUUUUUUCAACAAAAAAAGUGUUAUUGCGUAUAAUUAAAAGUUUUUCGUGUGUGAAAAUUAUACGAAUUAAAUUUAUUAAACUGGCUACUAUAAGCGAUAAACAAAAUUUUGAUAUGAGCAUGGAUGAUGCGGAGGACGAAGUUACGGAUAUUAAACUUCAAGUCUUUCACAAUACAGUGCGAGAACAAAUAAUAUUUCUGUUAUUAUUAAUGUCUCUCUACUUGGCUUCAUAUGCAGUAGUAUCACGCUUUCGGAGAAAAGAUCGUGAUGAUCUAUUUUCUAAUGAUGAAGAUGAAGUAUUGGUAUAUCGCAUAAGCUCUUGGUUGUGCACUUUUUCCAUGGCGAUUGCUGUAGGCGCCGCCCUACUACUGCCAGUCUCCAUUGCCAGUAAUGAAGUUUUAUUAUUGUAUCCGAAUAGUUACUAUGUGAAGUGGUUAAACAGUUCAUUAAUUCAGGGCUUGUGGAAUCACAUAUUUUUGUUUUCGAAUUUGUCGCUGUUUGUGUUCUUGCCAUUCGCUUACUUGUUCACCGAAUCGACUGGAUUUUUUGGGCAUAAAAAGGGCAUCAUUUCACGUGUCUAUGAAACGUUUACUGUGUUCAGCUUGCUAGCUAGCGUGGUACUAGCUUUAGCUUAUGUACUUUCCGCUGUUAUUGAUCCGAAAAGAAUUGGAUUUUUAUCUGUUCUUAAUUUGGGCAGCGUACAUUUGCCAUUUCUAUAUUCUUGCGUAUCAUUUCUGGGAGUGCUGUUAUUGUUGGUCUGCACUCCAUUCGGCUUUGUGCGCUUGUUUGGCGUUGUGGGUCAAGUACUUGUUAAACCUCAUCUGUUGCGAGAAGUCAAUGACAAAUAUUACAUUUUUCAUGUGGAAGAGGCUAGUGUUAGACGUAAGCUGACUAAACGAGAAAUGGAAAAUAAAAGUAAAAUCGGAAGACUAAAUGGAUUCAGUUAUAAUGGAUUAAAUACUAGUCAAUUGAGCAAUAGCAGUUUCAACGACAGCAAUUUCAAUAGUAGUCAUUUAAUAAAUAAUAGCAAUAAUAGAAACGAAAGUCAUGGAAGUUACAGCAUUGAUACUAGCUCGCCGCAUGAAUUUAACAGCAGUUAUUAUCAUCCAUCUAUAAAAACAUUAUAUCAACGAAAACCAAUGAACGGCGAACUAAACGACGAAGAAGCCGCACUCAAUGAAAGACUGAGAGAAUUGGAGUCUGAACGCAAAGAACUGGAUAAAUUGCGUAAAUCUUCAGCAUUUCAACGUAAUUUUGUAUAUCCUUUUGCAAUGUUACUGUUGUUAUUCCUAACAGGCGUAACUAUUUUGCUUGUUGUGCAGAACACACUCGAGUUACUUAUUGGUAUUAAAGCGUUGCCAUUAAGUACGAGGCAAUUUACACUAGGCAUAAGUUCAUUGUCCAAACUUGGACCCUUUGGUGCGGGCUUAGAGGUUUUCCUAAUAUUAUAUUUAGGAGCAACCUCUGCUGUGGGCUUUUAUACAAUGCCAUUUAUGCGCCAUGUACGUCCACAGAAACGUAAAACUUCACUAUCUCAAUUGAUACUCAAUUGCGCGUUAGUGUUGAUAUUAAGUUCAGCCUUGCCACUGCUCAGUAGAAUAAUUGGCAUUACCAACUUUGAUUUGCUUGGCGAUUUUGGCGCUAUCGAAUGGUUGGGAAAUUUUCAGAUUGUGCUUUUGUAUAAUCUAGUCUUUGGUACCACAACUGCACUUUGUUUAGCCAAUAAAUUUACAGCAACGGUGCGACAAGAAUUGUGCGCACGGUUAGUAGAGAACUAUGUGAUUUUUACAAAUUAUAUGUCAUUUAUUAACUGAUAUUUGCUUAAACGUCGCUACAAAACCAUUGCCAUCAUACAAAGUCCACCAGUUGAGCGUACGCUGCUCUUACGCAGUAUUCAACGCCUCGGCAAUGGUUUUGCAGUGACGCAGCUAAGAAACUUAGCUAACUAUUAUGCGGAAUAUAAUAGCAUGAAAAGAUAAGAAACAACUCAUAAAAUCUGUUAGUAACAAAAUUGCUAAUUUUACUAAUAACCAUCGAAAAAUAACAUACAUACAUAUAAAAACACAUAUUUAUAACUCAACUUUAUGUAUUUUAAAAUAUUUUGAAUACAAUUUAAAAACAUUGAGGACCCAAGUCCUCAUUCGACUAAUUCGAGUGAAAGUAGUCAUAAGUGUGUAACGAAAUUAUUUAUUACUGAUUUAUUUAUUUAUUUAUUAUCAAGACCAGAUAAAACCUGGUUAGCAAUAUAAUUAGCUCUCUAAUGGCUUAUAUACGGUUUAUAAAGCUUUUCAAAAUUAACUUAUUUAUAUAGUUUAAGUUUAACCAAAUUGAGCUAAAUAGGUGAACAAGAGUUCU